AUGGACCGCGGGCGCAACUGGGUUAAAGUAACGGUCGUUGACGACGACACCGGCAGGCCGGUGCCGUGCCGGAUCCACUUCAGGUCUCCGGAAGGGAUUCCAUAUCAGCCGCACGGACAUCACAAUCAGGUGAAUUCCAACCUCGACACUUGGCACAUAGAUAUCGGCGGCGACGUGCGCAUGGGUCAGAUCACCUACGCCUACAUUGACGGUCGGUGCGAAGGCUGGCUGCCACGAGGCGAUGUGAUCGUGGAUGUGGCGCGCGGGUUCGAGUACGAGCCGCUGCGGACGAAAGUGCGAAUCGAGCCGGGGCAGCAAAGGCUGGAGCUCCGUAUAAAGCGCUGGAUAGACAUGAACGCACGACGCUGGUUCAGCGGCGACUCACAUGUUCACUUCCUGUCGACGGAUGGGGCGCACUUGGAAUCUAGCGGCGAAGACCUCAAUGUGGUCAACUUGCUCCAGUCCCAAUGGGGCAGCCUCUUCACUAACACAGAGGACUUCACGGGCAGGGCUAGUGUCGUGCAGAACGGCAGCAACAUCGUUUAUGUGUCGCAGGAAAAUCGUCAGCACUUCAUGGGACACAUGAUCCUAUGGGGCUUGAAGGAGCCAGUGAUGCCGUGGUGUUCGGACGGCCCGGGUGAGGCGGAGAUCGGCGGGCAUAUGGAGACGACGCUUGCCCACUGGGCGGAUGAGGCGCACGCUCAGGGCGCAUGGGUCAUCAACCCGCAUUUUCCGAACCCGAACGGUGAGCCGGCUGCGUUGGUUGCCACCGGACGGCUCGACGGCGUGGAAAUGCUCCGACAGACCCGUCCGAACCACAUGGAAUACUACCGCUACCUGAAUUGCGGCUAUCGCCUGCCGCUGGUCGGAGGCACCGACAAGAUGAGCAGCGACGUGCCGGUUGGCCUUUACCGCACUUAUGCGCUGCUCCCUGAUGACCAGGAGUUCACAUACGAGAACUGGUGCCGCUCUGUCGCGUCAGGUCGGACAUUCCUGAGCGGGGGACCGAUUAUCCAUCUAUCGGUGGAUGGCAAGGAUGUCGGCGAUACGCUGGCAAUGUCCGGGCCCGGGAGCGUCGAGGUUGAGGCGUGGGCGGAGAGUGUCCUGCCUGUCUUCUCACUUGAGAUAGUCCAGAGAUGGUCGAGUCGUGGCACGCGCCGACAAUCGCAACGGCGCUCGGCGGCUCGAACUGAAGGAGAAGAUCAGGAUCGACGGUCACUCCUGGAUUGCGGCUCGGACUGGUGCAUUCGACUACUUUGA